UAAAAAAAAUGCAAUCUAGAAAAUUGAUGAUUUUUAAAUUUUAGUUUGUUAUUGUAUUCAUUAACACCUGUUUGUGUAAUUAUGAAUUUCAUAAAAUGUUGUUACAUAUGGAAUGAAGUUUUAAUUGAACAAUGUGAUCGAUUACCCGCUGUUUAUGGGCGGGCUUCUUUAAUACACGAUCUUUUGGUGGCUUACAACCUCCACAAAAAUAUCAAAAUAGUGAAGUCUUCACCAGCUACAUAUGAUGAUCUUAGAAAAUUCCAUUCAGAAUUAUAUCUGGACCAUUUGAAGAGUUUUUCUGUUGUAGAUGAUGAUUAUAUAUCAACCCCACAAGAUGAAGAAUAUGGCAUUGGUUAUGACUGUCCACCAGUAUCUAACAUGUUUGAUUUGGUGUCCAACUUAGCAGGUGGUUCUAUAACAGCAGCAAAGUGUUUAUUGCUAGGCAUUACAAAUGUUGCCAUUAACUGGUGUGGUGGUUGGCAUCAUGCACAGAGGUUUGGUGCUGAAGGAUUUUGCUAUGUCAAUGAUAUUGUAUUAGCUAUUGAAACAUUGAAAUUAAAAUUUUCUAAAAUAUUAUACAUUGAUUUGGAUAUACACCAUGGUAAUGGCGUGCAGGAUGCAUACAACUUAAGUAAAUCAGUGUUUACACUAUCAUUUCAUAAGUAUGAGCCUGGAUUUUAUCCUGGCACUGGUAGCCUUGAAGAUAUAGGCACAUUAGCUGGCAAGGGAUACACAUGCAACUUUCCACUCCAUGCAUGUUAUUCUGAUGACACUUUGGAAUAUGUCUUCCAGGCGGUGUUUCCGGCAGUAUAUUCUCAGUUUGCUCCAGACUCGAUAGUGGUACAGUGUGGUGCGGAUGCGUUGGCACGCGACCCGAACGGUGGGGCUGCGCUUACAGCACGCGCCUACUGCACAUGCGUCAAAAUGGUGCUCGACAAAAGAAAACCUACGUUGCUUUUAGGCGGAGGAGGGUACAACCACGCUAACACUGCACGUCUAUGGUCGUCCAUCACUGCUCUUGUUGCUGGAGUAGAAUUAGAUGAUAAUAUUCCAGAACACAACAAUUGGAUAAGAUAUGGACCGGAUUAUAUGUUGCAUAUAGAACCAACACUAGCUAGGGAUCUUAACCAAGUGACUUAUUUAGACGCCUGCAUCGAUACUAUAAAAGAUAAUUUAAAAAAAUACUUAGAAAACAAUAGAACAGAGAAACCAAGACUAGAAACAAAAACUGGUAAUAACCAUACAGAUGUCUCUAUGCAUGGCAAAUUACAAGAUGCCAAUAUAAAACAUAGAAUAAUUUCCAAAUCUGCUUCAUCAAACAGUAAUGAUACUGAGUCAAAAAUGUUUAAUAAAGGAAAUGAAGCAAAACGUUUAAAUUAUAAUGAUGUGUAUGAUUUUGUUGAAUAACAGUAAAGGAAAAUGAAAUAUUGAA